AUGUAUGACCCCAUAGAUUCAUCUGGAAUGCCCCUUCGAAUAGCCGACUCAGCGCCGCGCUUUGCAGGCGAUGGUACUCAACUCGUCAACUUCCCUGGAGUCAGUAGAACGACUCGCGCAACCACUUGGUUAUCAGACAAGGAGAUCAUUAAGUAUGCACUGAAGUAUACAGCGCCUAAACACAGGCAGCUUCUCUCAUACCGCGCAUUUGACAACUAUGUGGAAUUUGCUGAUCACGUCUUGGAUUUUUGGCCAGAAUGUGGUGUUUGCCACUAUACGCGCCCUAUCUUCGAAAAACCGGCCACCAUCGAAGCGCCCCUUGCAAGUGCACCUCCGCAUCCAGAACGCGCUCAAGAGCAACCAGAAGCAGCAAUCAUCGCACCAAUUCCUGAAACAUGCGACGACAUCCCUGCCCCAGUAGUCCAAGAAACGCACCAUCCGGACGUAGAAGAUACCGCGCCUUUGCCCCUCGCUCCGAUGUCUCAAUCUGACCUGGUAUGCUCAUCGCACUUUAGCGCGCCUAAUCAGGUGCCUCCUACAGCGCCAGAGCUUCAAUACGCGACACCAGUUGACCAGAGUACGCCCCUUGACGAUCCAUGCAUUACUGACGAAACCGCGCUUUUUAAUGAUAGCAGUUCAUGCUCUUCAACUGAAUGUCCAAGUGGUGCAUCAGAUGCGCAUCACAUGGAUCAUGUUCCAGACGACCAAGACGCAUACCUUGACCAUGCUAGAACCACUCCGGAAGAAAACACGCUCAAAUGCGCUAAUGGUUUGAGCAAAGCGACUAUUGCCAUGUUGCCGCCCAUAGCCUGUCAGGCUGUUCAGGACAAUGUCCUUGAUGAUCUGCAUGCGUUUUCAUUGAGCGCUCAAUGCGCCUUUGACAUAUGGAAGUUCCGCGUUUUUGUUACUGACACCGUUUUGAUCCUCGCACCGGUUACCAGCUAUCCGCCUUUGAAGCGCAGCCAUAUUGGCCUAGAUUCGCCACCGACGCUUAGUAUUCCCACGCUCUGCGCGCGCCUGACCGCGCAAUGCGCUUAUGUUUGUGAAACUAAUCUUGGAAUCGCCCCUCAAUAUCGCAUUUUUAGCCCUGCACUCGCCACUAAGUGCAUUUCAAGUACCUUGCAGCAGAUUACCAUCAACCAGAUGCUCAUCGCUCUCCGACCCACCGCCAUCACUCACCUCGCACCAUCCGUCCCGCCCAAAUCCGCAUUCAGUAUCACCGGCCGUCCCAUGCAAGCAUCGCAUUUCACCUCUAUGAGCGCGGAAGUCGCGGUUUAUGCAGAAGGAAGAAGAAAGACGAUGAAGAACCCCCUAGAGCGCGCCCCUCCACAGCGCAUCCCUACCUUAUCACCGCACAUACCUCAUAAUACCGGAAGAAACACCGCCAUUCUUUUGUAG